CAAGGACUCAGCCUCAGUACAUGGGUCGCCAGCUCUACCCACUGAGCUAACCCGGCGCCCGUAGGUUGCUUUUUAAAAAUAAAGUUGCUCAGUGGGUCUGGAAAGCCACUAUUUCUGGUGAGAGAGUCUCCAAGUUGCCAACCCUGGGUCCGUCUGCUAUGCUCUCCAGGGCUGUGAAGCACUAAAACGAAGUGUGGAGAUGUGGUCUGUGCGACACUCUGAAUGUAUAAAGAGCUGUCUGUUUGACCGAGUGUGUGCUGAGCUGCACGCAGCUUCAGGCACAAAAUGUGGCAGUGCGAGCCUUCUGUAAAACUUUGCGAGGGUGUGGAGCUUUUUUAAUGUAACUGUUGUGAAACAAUCAGAAAUUGUUUUUUCUCUGAUUCACUGCUUUGUUCUCGGUAACGCCUAGGACUGUGUAAUGGAAAUAACCGGGUGAAGCAAUACUUACCAUGAUAUAUUGCAAUCUUUUUUUUUUUUUAACAGAUUUUAGAAAACUGUCAUAGUAUAAAAAACACACCUCCAUAAGUAGAAAAUCUGAGUUUAAAAAAAAGGUGUAUGCAACCACAUCCAACAAAAUGGCCCUCAGUUUACGUUUGCAACACUGCUAUGUCACAGGGUUUUACACAAAUAAAUCAAUAGAUUUAAAAAGAAAUCUAUAUUGCAAAUGUAACAAUAAUAUAAUAAUAUUAAUAAUACAUUUAUGUAUAGAACAAAAUAUAAGCAAAAUAUCGCAAGUGGUGAUAUGAAUAAUGAAUCUUUUUAAACAGCAGAGGUGCUAUCUAUUUUUGACUUUGCUUGUUUGACCUCCUAUGUUACUCUUGUCCCCAGGUGAAGACUUUAAAAUCUCUAAUCUCUAAAUUGGAGAUGUGGCAGCUUUUUGGCUGCCCUAAAUCAGAAAGUGAUAUGGGUAAGAAGAUAACUGACGAGACAUGGCAAGAGAUAUGAGGCUGUUGAUAGGGUUAUAUUUUCAGUUUCACUUUUACAAAGAAAAUGAAAUAUGCAUUGUUUUGCACACUUUGUACCCUACCACGGUAAUAAAAAAGGAUUCUUUAAUUUAAUAAAGACAAUAUAAAAGAUUUUUGCCUGAGGAGAAAAAAAGGAAUCUUAAUUUCUCUUUAAUCUCAUUUUGUAUUGUUGUAUAUUAAUUUAUUUUAAAGAUGCAAUUUACAUAAUAUUUCCCCUUUUGAUUAAAAAAUGAAAAUAAAGGACCAAGAUCUAACAAAACAUUACUUCUUUAAAGAAAACCAGUGCUGGCGUUGUACGUUCACUACUUUCCAGUUGAAAAUAAAUGAAUAAAUAAAUAAAAAGAACAGUGAAAUAAUGCUAUGUAUGUCCAACUUUAGGAAACUGUUGGGAGGUUUUCACUCCUGGUCUGCCGGGUUUGGCUCAGCACUGCCUGCCUCCUAUAUUGCCAUCCUCUUGGAACGCAAGAGCAGGAGAGGGCUGCUGACAAUAUACAUGACAAAUCUUGCCAUUGAGACAUUGUUCCGUAUGGCAGUGACACGAGGCAUCAUCAAACCCAUCCAACAUGGCGAGGUACUCCUGUUCUGCGUGACUUCAUCGCUCUACAUGUUCUUCUUCAGGAGUAAAGAUGGUCUCAAAGGCUUUGCAUCUUCUGCAUUAAAAUUUAUCAUCGGGAAAGAAGAGAUUCCAACUCACUCUGUCACAGCAGAACACAUCUGCACAAGACCCCUUGAGAGGGCAGCUGCUAUAGAGACCGAGGACUCCCAGGUGUCAGCAGAAAGGCCCAGCUCUAGGAGAAAAACUCUGGUAGCCUACACCAGGGAACUGCUAGAAUCAAUAUGCAAAAAGGGUCCAAGACACAGAUGUUGUAAACAUUACCAGGACAACUGCAUUUCCUACUGCGUUAAAAGUUUUGUUAGGAUGUUCAGUGUUGGCUACCUGAUUCAGUGUUGUCUUAAAGUGCCCUCAGCAUUCAGACAGAUGUUCUCUAAGCCUUCACGGCUCCCCUCCCUCUUCUACAACAAAGAAAACUUCCAGCUAGGGGCCUUUCUAGGAUCUUUCGUCAGUAUCUACAAGGGAACAAGCUGCUUGCUGCGCUGGGUGCGUAAUAUCGAUGAUGAACUCCACGCACUGGUUGCUGGCUUCCUGGCUGGUAUUUCAAUGUUCUUCUACAAAAGCACGACAAUAUCCAUGUAUCUCUUCACAAAGCUGGUGGAGACCAUGUACUUCAAGGGCAUUGAGGCCGGACGGUUCCCUUACUUUCCUCAUGCUGACACGGUCCUGUAUGCCAUCUCCACUGCUAUCUGUUUCCAAGCUGCUGUGAUGGAAGUGCAGAACCUCAGGCCUACAUACUGGAAGUUCCUGUUGCGUUUAACUAAGGGCAGGUAGGAAUGUUUGAUGUGGAAUCUGUCAGUUGUCAGACUGUUUUGUUAUUUGUCAUUAUUAAGGUUUGAUUUAAAAAUUCUGUAUCUGUUGUAGAGAAAAAGGCUACUUUAUUUAGCAUUAGUGAAGAUUU